AUCUUUUUCAUCUUUGUUCACAGUUGAUUAAGUUAUUGAUUUUAUUUGUUUUUAUUCUCUUACAAAGCCAGUGAUGUCAAAUUCAAAUUCUGCCCCAACACCGAAACAACCUGUAUCAUGGAAGAGAAUGGGACAACAGUUUGCGUCUGGUGGUUCAGCGGGUCUUGUGGAAAUUUGUCUGAUGCAUCCCCUUGAUGUAGUGAAAACCAGAUUUCAACUGCAAGGUGGUGCUAAUGAUCCCACAAGAUACAAUUCAGUUGGGCACUGUUUUCGUACAAUGUACAGAACAGAAGGGUUUCUUUCUUUUUACAAAGGAAUUUUACCACCAAUUCUUGCUGAAACACCAAAACGUGCAGUCAAGUUUUUCUGCUUCGAAAGAUACAGAGAUCUUUUUAGUGCUGGUCAACAAGCAACACCUGCAGUUUAUGCACUCGCCGGUUUGUGCUCUGGUUUGACUGAGGGUUUUGUCAUCAAUCCUUUUGAAAGAGUUAAAGUUCAGCUCCAAUCAGAAAGAAACAUCAAACUAUCUGAGCAAGAAUCAACAUUUUCUAAAGCGAGAAAAAUUGUCAAAAAUGAAGGUUUAGGAAUGCAAGGAAUCAAUAGAGGUUUGACUGCAACAUUAGGAAGGCAUGGAGUGUGGAAUAUGGUUUAUUUUGGGUUUUAUCAUUCAGUUAAAGCGCAUAUCCCACAAACAGAUUCGAAAGCGAAAGAAUUUGGCAUUAAAUUAUUGAUGGGGUUCACUGGUGGUACAAUCGCAUCAACUGUUAACAUCCCGUACGAUGUAGCAAAAAGCAGGAUACAGGGUCCACAACCCGUGCCGGGUCAAAUCAAGUAUUACUACGCUCAUAGAACAAUGUUGCUUAUUGCUAGAGAGGAGGGUUUCCGAGCACUUUUCAAAGGUCUUGUGCCGAAGUUGAUGCGACUUGGGCCAAGUGGUGCGAUCAUGAUGUUGGUGUAUGACUAUUUGUCAACAUACUUAGCGAAACGAUACCCUUGAAAUGCUCUAUGAGGAAAUCAUAUUUACUCAAAUUUUACAUUGAAUGCAAUUAGGUCCGUCAAAUUUAUUGCUGCUAAUUUAUUAUAUAUCAUCUGCCAAAUUUUUAUGAAUGUAAUUUUGUGAUUUUUGAAACUUUUACUAUUUGGUCUUAAAAAAUUUACUCUGCCUAUAAAUCAUAUUUAUUAUUAAGGUUGUGGUCAUGAAUGUCACUCCUGUGCAGUAUACUAUUGGAGGGAAUUUUUUUUUUCUUCGGUUUUAGUUUUUGAAAUCUCAAAAAAAAUCAAGGUGCAUGGAUGGCACAAUAAUUUACUUACCUGAAAUAAGUAUAUAUUGAAGUCAUUGUCUUUAUAAUAUACCUAAUUUGAUAUGUUUAGGAAAUGGUUCAAUUAAGAACUGCAGUGACAAAUAUAUUAAUAAUGAUUUUAAUUGCAUAGUGGACUCAUCACUUCUAAUACUUCUGUAAGUGUUAAAAUCGAAAUCAUCUUUUUAUGAACCCAUUUCAUGUUGAGCAAAUGUUUUUAAAUUCUUCCCAUGAUAUACGCUUCACUUGUUAUUGCAGUGUUCACAAGUUCUGAUAUAACUUUCUGAUAUUUAUUUUUUAAUACACCUGCUUGAAAAUUUACAAUGCCUUAUACUGAUGAUAUCAUAAGCAAUCACCCAUGCCAAUCCCCACAUUUUUAAAGUUUUUAUCAUAUUAAUUAUUUCUUUUUAUCAUGCAAAAGCUAAGUAGUUCAAUAUUAUUUAGUGCAAUCUCGAGCAAUUUAACUGAAAUUAAUUUUAGUUUACUUUUUUAAUCAUAUUUUUUAUCAAAUUCUCUGUAGCCAUUGUUGCAAUACUCAAAUUUUUAUGGUAUUGUAUCAAUGAUAUCUGGAUAUUGACUUGUGUCAGAGUUCGCAUCAAAUUCACUUAUUACCCUUAUUUGAAGUAUUUUUUGAAGUUGAUUCAAAUUUUUUAUUAUGCUAAUGAGUGGUAACAUUUCAUUGGUAAGUUUUCAUCAGAGGCAUAUGUAUUUAUCUGUGUUAAUCAUGUACAUCUACAAUCGUUAGGAUGGACAAUUUCUAUCUCAAAUAAGUACCGUAUAUAACUUUUCUCAUCCUUUCAAUCUAGUUAAACUUAUUAAACUGAUUGAAAAAAUGAAAAACAAACUUUUGCAUGAAUGCUUUUUUGCCAUACCGCAUGAACUACAUAAUGUGAAAGUAUUUUUAUCCAAUCAUAUGUUUUCUAAUUCCUUCUCACUCAAAAGUUUCAUGACUAUACUAGUGAUAAAUGUAAGUUUUCGAUACUAAGGUAGUCUAUAUUGAUAUGAAAAUGAGUCUUUUAAGUAGAGCAUAUAAGAAUGUUUUAAUAAUUGCUAAACUUCAUUACUAGUUUUUCUCGAUUUUUCAAAACCAUGAUUAGGUCAACCAGGGGCGUAGACACCAAUUUAGACCUAUCAGCUAGCGGGUCCGGCUGUAUGCCACAAAACGUGAGUUUUCAAGUGUCUUGUCGGUCUAAAAAGCGUCCCCCUCUCCAGGGUACACCCCUGAGGUCAACAAUGGAGUUGAUAAUGUGUAGUGUUAUUUUUAUAUCAAAUUGACACAAAAAUCAGAAGUCGCAACUAAGUUCACGUUUAAACAGAAAGGUCGGGGUUUCCAUCAGAAGAAAGAGUUACAUUUUUCAUUCAAGCAUGGAUACCUUAUUUAUCGUAUCUGACGUUAUUCAUUUGUUCUCAUUUUUCUCAGAAAGAUAAGUUAAACGACGACGACGACCAGCAACUAUAUGGUUUAAUGUCAUAAAUUUUUAUAUACACUAUCUGUCUGAUAUAGAAUAACGUUUUGCAUCUAAGAUACUUACCUAAAACAGCACAAUCCUACAAUAUCAACAUCUUAUAUCUGUUUGUAUGUGAUGUAAAUGUUAAAUUUGAAACUGUGUAGAAGCAAUACUGUGGUGCGCCAGGAAAUUUCAAACAGUGUGUUGCGUGUUAUCUGCAAACGUAAAUUUUACUGACAUGAUCAAAUAUUUCAAUUCUAAUUUUCGUUUUAUUUCUGAAACAAGCGUGGUAUUCGCUUUCUUUUUUGUGUCAUCAAUGAAAUAAAUCGCUAAUAUUUUGGUAA